GUUUUCAUGGUUUAUCAUAGUCGAUCGUAGUCCCUCCGGUCAAUUGCUAGGCUAGUAUUUUGAUUCGACGGGAUUAGUCCUCGACUGUUUCCUUCCAAAUCUCUUCCAAUUCAGCUAUCAUCCUACCCUUCUAACCUAUAUAGAUUAUCUAAUGACAGCGCAGUAAAAUAACCGAUAAAAAUGACGUGUGGUAUCCAUGGUUUGGUGUUUGGCGUCUGAUUUUGUCACGAGUUUUGAUUUGUGCAAGUAAUAAUAGUGUUUUACAUGUUACAUUGUCGGACUUUUGAGCCUCAUAACUCUUUUGGUUAAAUGAACUUUAAAUGAAAAUUUCAUGAACAUCAUUUCACAUCGCUACUACACAGCUGCAGUGAUGUCUCUGAACUUUGGCCACAUAUGUCGACUCUGUAUGGAACGAGAUGACACAUUUGUUCCUCUUUUUGAGAAAGGAGGAUGUCUGCUUUAUAGAAUCAAGACUCUAGCCCCAAAGUUGAAGUUGUCUUCUGGAGAUGGUCUACCAUCACAAGUCUGCCAGCAAUGUGCUCAGCAGGUAAAUGCAUCGUAUGACUUCAAGCUGAGAUGUGAAAGCAGUGAUGCAACUCUAAGACAGUACCUUAGUAAAAUGCAAACAAACCAUAAGGAAGGCAUACAGAAAGACCCUGAAGCAAGUCUGCAGUCUAUAACUCAGGAAAAUAGUGAUGACGAGGACUGGGAGCCACUGUCUAUUAAAGUAGAAGUAAAGGAGUUAGGAACUGAGGAUGGCACUCAAUCAGCUGAUGUGUGGAAGAACCCUCGGCCAGGUCCUUCAGAUGUAUGGAAUUCAAAUGACAAAAUGCUGUCUGCAGCUGAAGUAAAGUUUGAAGAUAACAAAUUGAACUCCAAGGGUCAAGAGAAGAGCAGGAGUGGUAGUAAAAGAUUUGCAUGUCGUGAAUGUAAUAAAGUUUUCCCAAGAAGGCAGAAACUCAUCAGGCAUUUAAGAACUCACACAAAUGAGAUGCCAUUUACAUGUGUGGAAUGUGGAAAAUCAUUCCGACGAAGUAAUAUGUAUGCUAAACAUAUGCAAUCUCAUGCUGCAGGAGAGAAACCCUAUAUGUGUACAGAGUGUGGUAAGAGUUUUUGUCACAGCCACAUCCUUAAAGAACAUAUUCGAAUCCAUACAGGUGAGAAACCAUACUCUUGUAACAAGUGCGGGAAGAGUUUUGGACAGAGUGGCAACUUAACAAACCACAUGCGAAGCCAUACAGGUGAAAAACCCUUCUUGUGUACUGUAUGUGGCAGGAGUUUUGGAUUCAACUCUACAUUGACGAAACAUAUGAUGACACAUACAGGAGACAAACCUUACUUGUGUACCGCAUGUGGGAAGAGCUUCAGUCUGACAUGUACUUUAAAGAAACAUAUGAGGAUACAUACAGGUGAAAAACCAUUCUCAUGUCGUGAGUGUGGAAAGUGCUUCAAUCGUAAAGACCAUCUGAAAUGUCACCUCAAGACUCAUACGAACUGUCCCACUGUACCGAACACUGUUGAUGUAACUUCUUUAAAACAUGGAUCACCAUGAAAUUUAAUCCCACAAAUCAGUAGGCCUAUAGAUUAAUCUGAAGAACUU